UGAGGCUAUGAUACCUAACAUACCCUAAGGAAUUACUGUUUAGCAGGAAUAAGGAUGAGAACGCCUCAUAUCAUGCCCUAUGUGAUUUCAUUCAGCAGUCUAACAUCAACAUCAACAAAGUGUCCAUUUCAAGUUCAAUUUUGACCGACUUCAACCUGCUCCUGUGCUAUAUCUCUGUUUUAUUGCAAGCACUAUAUACAGAACCUGGUAUUGUCUAUAGGAUGUCAAGAGAAACGGCUUCUGAGGCCAUUCGCCUACCAACUGUCGCUGAGAUCGAGGCCGCGACGGAACUCAUAAGCACGCCUGGCACAUCCGCCAAAGUCGUCCGGGUAAACAAAAGUCUCGCAAUGAAAAUGGGCCACAGUGUACCCCUUAUCGAGGCUGAAAACAUGAGUUUUCUCGCGGCAAACAGCAGAGUCCCAGUCCCCAAAGUCCACGCAGCCUUCAGGGAUCCCAACACCAACAAGACUUAUAUUAUCAUGGAAUAUCUCCCUGGUGAUACCCUUCAAGAAUUGUUGCCAUUCCUAAGACCGGUUGAAAAGGCUACGUUAAGCAAAUUAAUUAGAGACGCGAUUACGGAGCUACGGAGUAUACCACCACCAGAUUACUUCGGGAUGUUGAAUCGCCAGCCUUAUCUUGACGGGGUAUUUUGGACUGAAGGCCUAAAUCCUAAAAUUUCUGGUCCCUUUGCAAAUCAGGGAGACAUGAAUCUUGCGAUCAUCGAGAAACUUCGCCAGACAGAAUCAGACCAAUACGUUCAAUUGUUGCGGAAUAUGAUUGAUCGGACUCUGAACAGCCACCGCACUGUUUUCACCCACGGUGACCUUCAGCCAAAAAACAUUAUGGUUGAAAGGCUCGGAGAUCGCGACGGAUGCCCAGAAUUUAGGAUCACUCUACUGGACUGGGAAAGUGCUGGAUGGUAUCCGGAAUUUUGGGAUUUCUGCAAUGCUACAAUCGCCUGUAGAUUCAAACCCGACUGGCUUGAACUUGUGCCUUGUAUACUGGACCAAUACCCGAUGGAAUUUCUCAUGAUGCAGGUAGUGUAUUCUUCUGUGUUCUACUAGGUAAAGAAGAGACAAAGCAGAUAGAAACAGAAACAGCAGAUUCAAGAAUAGGAUACAUUUUUCGCGUGGUUCGAGA